GCGAGUGACCAAAGCCACAAGGUCACUCCUUAAGACACAGUGGCCCUCAUUUUUCCAUCUCCUGCCCACCCAGGGGCCCCCAGGCAGGGAGGCUGUGGGCCACCUUUUAUUGGGUGAAGCUCUGUGCUAGGCAUGUUUUUCACACAUCUGUAAUCCUCCACAAAGAACUCCUGCAGUGGGUGUCCAUAACCCCAUCUUCUAAACAGACUGGGAGACAAACUCAGAGGAAGUGACUUGCCCAGUUCACACAAAAUAGCAGGGCCUGGGAUUCCAGGUCAGUUCCACAGGCCUCCCAAGCCCUUCUCCACCUCUGCUCUCACUGACAAUGGGACCAUAGACCAUGGGAGCCAGACUGGAAGACAGGCCAGGAAAGGAGACAUCACCCAGUGGCAGGGGCGGGAGGGGGCGGUUGCUGAGUUGCCGGGAGGAGGCUCCCACGCAGUUGCCUCCCGCCCAGGGCUCAGAGCUACAGUGAUUGGCUAAGCCAGAGGCUGGGCAGGAGCCCCAGCACUUUGCCCCAGGGCCUGAGGAGAGGCUGGGGGACUUGUGGGACGGGAAGAGGCUGAUUGGUACUUUCUGCCUGCCCCCAGUCUCCCUGGGGCCCAGGUGACCUUUCCCCCAGAUCCCAGGGUCCAGGCCCUCCCUCUGCAGGGAAGUGUUGGGGACGGAGGCAGCUGGGAUUGGUCCAGAGCCGGCAGGGGCGGGUCUCAGGCUCCGAGGAAGGCCCCAGUGCCAGCAGAGCAGGUGGACUCCCGAGAUAGACCAGGGGCCGCCUGGCAGCUGAUUGUCCUGUCUGACCCGGACUUCUGCCUUCCAGACAUGGCCCCGGGUCCCCUCGAUCCCCAGCCCUGUGGCCCUGCGGCCCUGCGAGGGUGAAGACAGCCUAAGCACCGCUACUCCAGGGCCAGUGCCCAUGCCCCUGACCCGGGCAUAGCCUGUCCCUGGUCCGGAAGUCAUGGAGACAGUGGCCCCAGCUAUGGACCUGGUGCUGGGUGCCUCGGCCUGUUGCCUGGCCUGUGUCUUCACCAACCCCCUGGAGGUGGUGAAGACGCGGCUGCAGCUGCAGGGGGAGCUGCAGGCCCGGGGCACCUACCCUCGGCACUACCGGGGCCUUAUGGCUUCUAUAGUCGCGGUGGCCCGUGCAGAUGGGCUGUGUGGCCUGCAGAAGGGGCUGGCUGCUGGCCUCCUCUACCAGGGCCUCAUGAACGGCGUCCGCUUCUACUGCUACAGCCUGGCAUGCCAGGCUGGCCUCUCCCAGCAGGCGGGUGGCACGGUGGUCGCAGGUGCUGUGGCGGGUGCACUAGGAGCCAUCGUGGGGAGCCCAGCUUACCUGGUCAAGACGCAGCUGCAGGCCCAGACAGUGGCCGCCAUGGCCGUGGGGCACCAGCACCAUCACCAGAGCGUCCUUGGUGCCUUGGAGACCAUCUGGCGGCAGCAGGGCCUGGCAGGGCUGUGGCGGGGUGUGGGUGGGGCCGUGCCCCGAGUCAUGGUCGGCUCGGCCGCCCAGCUGGCCACCUUUGCCUCCGCCAAGGCCUGGGUGCAGGAGAAACAGUGGCUCCCGGAGGACAGCUGGCUGGUGGCCCUGGCUGGAGGCAUGAUCAGCAGCAUAGCUGUGGUCGCAGUCAUGACCCCCUUCGAUGUGGUCAGCACACGCCUGUACAAUCAGCCCGUGGAUGGAGCGGGCAGGGGCCAGCUGUAUGGUGGCCUCGCCAACUGCCUGGUGAAGAUCUGGCGGCAGGAGGGCCCUCUGGCGCUCUACAAGGGUCUGGGCCCCGCCUACCUGCGCCUGGGCCCCCACACCAUCCUCAGCAUGCUCUUCUGGGAUGAGCUCCGGAAACUGGCCAGGCGGGGCCAGCACCAGGGCACCUAGGUGGCAUCCUUCACUCCUGACACAGCUGGGCACUUGGCAGGAAGCGACAGCCCGCUCCAGCUGGGAAUGGCCACCCCAGAGUGGGCCCAGGCCCAGGCCCUGCCACAGCUCAGGGAGAGUGUAGACAGCUGUGGUUAACCCAGCCCCACAGUCCACCCAGGGGCCAGCACAUCCUCCCCAAAUCAUCACCCACUCCGUUCUCCAGAAAGUUCUCUUCCCUCUCCAUCCUGGGUUACCUUAUCCCGGAGCCUUACUCACUGUUCUAAUAACUGCUCCAGGGCGCGAACGUCACCAUGAGCUGCACCCCUUACACGCCUCAGCUCGCUUAGUCCACACGGUAUGAGACGGCAAAAUUCUCUUACUGAGGAGGACGCCGAGGCUCAGAAGGGCGAAGUGCCAUGACCAAAGCCACACAGCUUUGAAGGGGCAGAGCCGGGACUGGGGACUAAGCUCUGCCCAGCUGGACCUGUGCCCUUGGCAGGGGCCAGGACCAUGGGGGCUGGAGUGCCCCCGGGGGAUCCCCGUGCACUUGGGGAGGCCCUGGGGUGCACCGUGAAGCCGUAGUGUCUUAGUCUGCUAGGGCUGCCGUUAGAAAGGACCUCAGACUAGGCGGCGUAAACAACAGUUAUUCUCGCACAAUUCUGGAGGCUAGAUGGCUGAGAGCAAGGUGUCAGCAGGGUUGGUUUCCUCUGAGGCCUCUCUCCUUGGCUUACAAGUGGCCAUCUUCUCCCUGUGUCCCUCUGUGCAUGUCUGUGUCCUAAACUCUUCUUCUCAGGACACCGUCACAUUGGAUGAGGGCCCACCCGAAUAACCUCAUGUUAACCUAAUUACUUCCUUAGAGCCUGUCUCCAAACACUGUCACAUUCUGAGGCACUGGAGAUGAGAAUUUCAACACAGAGUUUGGGGUGGUGGAGGGGACACAAUUCAGCCCAUCAGCUGAGGGCUUUUCCUGAGGGUCCCCGGGACGCUCAGCACUGUCGGCAUUUGCACAAGUCCUCACAACAACUCUGAAAGCUCCUGAGGUGCCUGUUGCUCAGAUGGGCAGCCCGAGGCCCAGGGAAGGGACGUGACUUGCCCAAGUUGUAGAGCUGGGUGUCCUCAUCCCAGGCCCUCUCCCCAAGCUGCAGCCAUACUCCCUCCAUGGGCGUGUCCCGAGGCUGGCACUGACCUUUGUUCAGAAGUGGACACCAAGUCCCUGAAAGGGCAGGACUGGCUGAGAUAAAGCAGCCUGACUAACUUGCCUGCCACACCCCAUGUUUGUAAAGAGCUGCUCCCCAGGGGCCCCCAUUGCACACUCCAAAUAAAGUUUUCUAUUUUGUCUA